GUCGAGGGGGCGGGAUCACCCGAGGGGAACCCCGGUUGUAAGUUCCGCUCUGCCUUCUAAACUACAACUCCCAGGAGGCAUUGAGGCGGCGCCUGACGGCCACAUCUGCUGCUCCUCAUUGGUCCGGCGGCAGGGGAGGGGGUUUUGAUUGGCUGAGGGUGGAGUUUGUAUCUGCAGGUUUAGCGCCACUCUGCUGGCUGAGGCUGCGGAGAGUGUGCGGCUCCAGGUGGGCUCACGCGAUACUGGAUUUCACCAUGGUGCCCAGGCUGGUCUCGAAUUCCUGGGCUCAAGCAAUCUACCUGCGUUGGCCUCCCAGAGUGCUGGGAUUACAGACAUGAACCACCACACCUGGCAGAACCUUUGUAUCUUGAAAGCUGUGUAAAUACAAUCAGUUGGCCCCAAAGCAAAAGAUGCUGGCAAUUUGGAUAUUGCAAAGAGAAGCUGUAAAGUGUUUCCUUUUACUGAAAAGGUGAAAGAUCUCAAUUUAAUAUGGAAAUAAAAAAACUUGUAUGCUGAGGCUGCUAACGUCUAUGGUCGUGAUGUCUCGGGAGUCGGAUGUUGAGGCUCAGCAGUCUCAUGGCAGCAGUGCCUGUUCACAGCCCCAUGGCAGCGUUACCCAGUCCCAAGGCUCCUCCUCACAGUCCCAGGGCAUAUCCAGCUCCUCUACCAGCACGAUGCCAAACUCCAGCCAGUCCUCUCACUCCAGCUCUGGGACACUGAGCUCCUUAGAGACAGUGUCCACUCAGGAACUCUAUUCUAUUCCUGAGGACCAAGAACCUGAGGACCAAGAACCUGAGGAGCCUACCCCUGCCCCCUGGGCUCGAUUAUGGGCCCUUCAGGAUGGAUUUGCCAAUCUUGAAUGUGUGAAUGACAACUACUGGUUUGGGAGGGACAAAAGCUGUGAAUAUUGCUUUGAUGAACCACUGCUGAAAAGAACAGAUAAAUACCGAACAUACAGCAAGAAACACUUUCGGAUUUUCAGGGAAGUGGGUCCUAAAAACUCUUACAUUGCAUACAUAGAAGAUCACAGUGGCAAUGGAACCUUUGUAAAUACAGAGCUUGUAGGGAAAGGAAAACGCCGUCCUUUGAAUAACAAUUCUGAAAUUGCACUGUCACUAAGCAGAAAUAAAGUUUUUGUCUUUUUUGAUCUGACUGUAGAUGAUCAGUCAGUUUAUCCUAAGGCAUUAAGAGAUGAAUACAUCAUGUCAAAAACUCUUGGAAGUGGUGCCUGUGGAGAGGUAAAGCUGGCUUUCGAGAGGAAAACAUGUAAGAAAGUAGCCAUAAAGAUCAUCAGCAAAAGGAAGUUUGCUAUUGGUUCAGCAAGAGAGGCAGACCCAGCUCUCAAUGUUGAAACAGAAAUAGAAAUUUUGAAAAAGCUAAAUCAUCCUUGCAUCAUCAAGAUUAAAAACUUUUUUGAUGCAGAAGAUUAUUAUAUUGUUUUGGAAUUGAUGGAAGGGGGAGAGCUGUUUGACAAAGUGGUGGGGAAUAAACGCCUGAAAGAAGCUACCUGCAAGCUCUAUUUUUACCAGAUGCUCUUGGCUGUGCAGUACCUUCACGAAAACGGUAUUAUACACCGUGACUUAAAGCCAGAGAAUGUUUUACUGUCAUCUCAAGAAGAGGACUGUCUUAUAAAGAUUACUGAUUUUGGGCACUCCAAGAUUUUGGGAGAGACCUCUCUCAUGAGAACCUUAUGUGGAACCCCCACCUACUUGGCGCCUGAAGUUCUUGUUUCUGUUGGGACUGCUGGGUAUAACCGUGCUGUGGACUGCUGGAGUUUAGGAGUUAUUCUUUUUAUCUGCCUUAGUGGGUAUCCACCUUUCUCUGAGCAUAGGACUCAAGUGUCACUGAAGGAUCAGAUCACCAGUGGAAAAUACAACUUCAUUCCUGAAGUCUGGGCAGAAGUCUCAGAGAAAGCUCUGGACCUUGUCAAGAAGUUGUUGGUAGUGGAUCCAAAGGCACGUUUUACGACAGAAGAAGCCUUAAGACACCCGUGGCUUCAGGAUGAAGACAUGAAGAGAAAGUUUCAAGAUCUUCUGUCUGAGGAAAAUGAAUCCACAGCUCUACCCCAGGUUCUAGCCCAGCCUUCUACUAGUCGAAAGCGGCCCCGUGAAGGGGAAGCCGAGGGUGCCGAGACCACAAAGCGCCCGGCUGUGUGUGCUGCUGUGUUGUGAACUCCGUGGUUUGAACACGAAAGAAAUGUACCUUCUUUCACUCUGUCAUCUUUCUUUUCUUUGAGUCUGUUUUUUUAUAGUUUGUAUUUUAAUUAUGGGAAUAAUUGCUUUUUCACAGUCACUGAUGUACAAUUAAAAACCUGAUGGAACCUGG